UUAACUCCCUCCCUCCUCUAAGAUUCAAAGUCAACUAAAACAUGUAAACUUAAAAAAAACCCAACCCAUUUAAAAUCCAUUACUCCAAAUACCAAACAAACACCCAAAACUCAAAAGUAAAAAAAAAUGGAAACAAACAAAGGGAUUCCAUUACUAUUCCAGCAACUAAAAGCUUUGUUCUCAAAAAACGCAUUACUUUCAUGGCGUCACAAAUGGGCAACAAUUCUUCAACUAUUUUCUUCAUUAGUUUUCAUUUUCUUGAUGUUUUGUAUCCAAAAAGCCAUUGAAGCUCAGUUCAAGAACACUACUCAUUACGACACCGUUUUGGAUCCUACACCUCUUAUUUCUCCUUCUAUUCCACCUUGUGAAGAUAAGUUCUUCAUCAAUCUGCCAUGCUAUGAUUUCGUUUACAGUGGGAAUUCAAGUAAUAAUGUCAACCGUAUUGUUUCCAGGAUUAUGGCUAAUAAUCCUGGCCGUCCGAUUUCUUCUUCUAAGGUUAGAAGCUUUACAACAGAAGCUGAGGUUGAUGCAUGGUUUCUUAACCAGCCCAUGUAUAGUCCAGGCGCGUUGCAUUUCAUAGAGAGAAAUGGGACAACAAUAAGCUAUGGUGUUCAAACUAAUUCCACAGCAGUACAACAAAGAGGGAAGUAUGAAGAUCCUGCAUUCAAGUUUCAGAUUCCACUACAGAUUGCUGCAGAACGUGAGAUGGCGAGAUUUCUUAUUGGAGAUCCAAAUUUUAGCUGGACAGUAGGUUUAAAGGAAUUUGCACACCCUCCUCAAGACCCCUUCUCUGCUAUUGGCACUAUCGGUCCAACCUUUUUCCUCGCAGUUGCCAUGUUUGGUUUUGUGUUCCAAUUGAGUUCCCUGGUGAUGGAGAAAGAACUAAAACUUCGAGAGGCGAUGAGUAUGAUGGGCCUGUAUGAUACUGCCUAUUGGUUGUCUUGGCUAGCUUGGGAGGGCGUUCUUGUGGUUGUUUCAUCAAUUUUUAUCGUACUAUUUGGGAUGAUGUUUCAGUUUGAUUUUUUCCUGCACAACAACUUUGCAAUAUUGUUUCUCGUGUUCUUUCUGUUCCAAUUGAACAUGACGGUUUUUGCAUUUGCGCUAUCAGCCUUCAUUAGCCAGUCAUCUUCAGCCACAAACAUAGGGUUCUACAACUUUAUUAUCGGCUUAAUCACCCAGAUCGUGACAGCAUUUGGAUUUCCAUAUAGUGAUUCAUUCUCUCAAACAUACAGAGUCAUAUGGUCCUUUUACCCUCCAAAUCUGCUCGCCAAGGCUCUUAAUAUGCUAACAGAUGCAACUAGGACAAGUCAAGACCCUGGAAUAAGCUGGAGUGGACGCACAAGAUGUGCGCCCAAUGAUGAUGACUGUAUUUUAACAAUGAAUGACGUCUUCAUAUGGCUUUUAGGGACGUUUGUUAUGUGGUUUGUCUUGGCCCUUUACUUUGACAACAUAAUUCCAAACCCUUAUGGAGUACGGAAAUCAGUGUUCUACUUCUUGUACCCUGGAUAUUGGACCGGCAAAGGCGGAAGCAAGUCAGAAGAGGGUGGUAUUUGUACUUGCUUUGGUUCUUCCUCACAACUCGAGCACAUAACUCCUGACGACGAGGAUGUCCUUCAAGAGGAGGUCACUGUAAAACAGCAAGCACAUGAAGGUGGUGUUGAUUCAAAUACUGCAGUCCAAAUACGUGGCCUCGCAAAGGUUUAUCCUGGAUCAACAAGUCUUGGAUGCUGUAAAUGCAAGAGGACCCCUCCUUAUCAUGCUCUCAGGGGCUUAUGGGUAAAUCUUGCUAAGGAUCAACUAUUUUGCCUUUUGGGACCCAAUGGAGCUGGAAAAACUACUGCAAUCAAUUGUUUGACUGGGAUAACACCGGUGACCAGUGGAGAUGCAUUGAUCCAUGGGCAUUCUAUCCGAAGCUCUGUUGGCAUGUCAAACAUUAGAAGAAUGAUAGGCGUGUGUCCACAGUUUGAUAUUCUGUGGGAUGUAUUGACUGGUCAAGAGCAUCUCUACCUCUUUGCAAAUAUAAAAGGUCUACCUGGUGCAACAGUUUCGACGGUUGUUCAGAGUUCAUUGGGAGAGGUUAAACUAACUAAUGCUGCAAAAAUGAGAGCUUCAAGUUACAGUGGCGGAAUGAAACGACGUCUAAGUGUUGCAAUUGCACUCAUUGGUGAUCCCAGAGUAAUCAUAUUGGAUGAACCUACAACAGGUAUGGAUCCAAUUAGCAGGAGACAUGUAUGGGACAUAAUAGAAAAUGCAAAACAAGGACGAGCCAUUAUUCUAACCACACACUCCAUGGAAGAAGCCGACAUAUUGAGUGACCGCAUUGGUAUUAUGGCUAAAGGAAGACUCCGAUGCAUUGGAACUUCCAUAAGGUUGAAAUCACGUUUUGGGACUGGGUUCAUUGCUAAUGUGAGCUUUGUUGGAAACCUUAAUGGAACCCCAGCCAACGGAGAUGCAACUGAUAUGAACUCCCACGAGCCUGUUAAACAAUUCUUUAAGCAUCAUCUGGGUGUGGUGCCUAAAGAGGAGAACAAAUCCUUCCUCACUUUUGUUAUUCCGCAUGAAAAAGAGGAAUUAUUGACGGUGUUUUUCGAAGAGCUUCAAGCAAGGGAAGAAGAAUUCGGUAUAGCUGAUAUCCAGCUUGCUCUUACCAGUCUGGAAGAAGUUUUCCUAAAUAUUGCAAGACAAGCCGAGGUGGAAAGUGCUGCUGCUGAGGGAAAAUUGGUCACCUUAAACCUGACAACAUCUGAAACCUCGGUUGAGAUACCUAUUGGAGCUCGAUAUGUGGGGAUACCAGGAACAGAAUCUGCAGAAAAUCCUAGAGGUAUUAUGGUAGAAGUGUACUGGGAACAAGAUGAUUCUGGUGCUUUGUGCAUUUCAGGUCACUCCCGAGAAGUUCCCGUUCCUUCAAAUGUGGAGUUACCUAUACCACCCACUGUAACCCGGCGAAGUGUAUUCGGUCAAAGGGAGAAGAUUAAUGGUCUUGUUAUCAACCCGAACCAGAUUUCUGAAACAAUAUUCCAGUAAUUGAAGCUUUGCACUUUUAGUUUUACUUACAUGAUACUUCAUAUUGAUAUCCUAUACUAAAUACUUAAAUAGUAAACCACUUAUACCAUUUUUUGUUGUUUCUUUUUGUUUACAUAAUCAUUUAUUUGUACAUGAAAGAAAAAUCAAAAUUUUGCUUGAUUAGAAGAUGGUAUUUAUUGAUCUUUA